UCUCUCACUCCGCUCCUCUGGGCUCCUCUGCAUCCGUGUUGCUUCUUCUCACAAGUCAGAUUGUGUUUGUAAGUACGAGCUGGAUGUCUUCUUGUGUAUGCUUGGCUUUCAUUAGCUCCUCAUGCAUGUGUGAGUGACUGCUUGCCUGCUUUAGUGUGUCUGAGCAGAGCAGAGAGAAGGAUCAAGUGUAUGUGGGUCUUUGUCUCACCCUCACACACUUGCCGGUCCUCUUGCAACUCUUCUCGGGAUCUGUGGGUCCCUUUCCUCAGUGACAGGCUCCCCACACCCAGCAGUCACCAUUUCCGCCCCCGGGAGACCCACGCUGGCAGCGCAGCCCCUUCCCCGACUCAGCAUCGGGAGGAAGACCCUGGUGGCGGCUGCCGUAGGGGUUAUGCUGGUCCUGGUGCUGGUGGUCCUCAUUCCGGUGCUCGUCAGCUCUGUAGGAACAGAUGCCAGCCACUAUGAGAUGCUGGGUACCUGUCGGAUGGUGUGUGACCCCUACCUGAACAAGGGCACCCCGGCCAGCAGCACCAGCUCCACCGGGCUCCAGGCAGAGGCGGAGGCGCUGAGUGACCACAGUAAUGUGCUUCCACCCUCCACCUUACUGCAGGGCCCGCAGGGGAAGCCUGGACGGCCGGGAAAGCCUGGACCACCGGGACCGCCAGGAGAACCAGGGCCACCGGGACCAGCAGGGCCUCCUGGUGAUAGAGGGGAUCAAGGGAGGACUGGGAUUUUGGGUCUGGGGGGGGACGGAGCUAUAAGCACAGCCACCUACAGCACAGUGCCUCGGGUGGCCUUCUAUGCAGGGCUAAAGAACCCCCACGAAGGUUACGAGAUCCUCAAGUUUGAUGAUGUGGUCACCAACCUGGGCAACAACUAUGAUGGCAUCUCGGGCAAGUUCAUCUGCAGCAUCCCGGGCACAUACUUCUUCAUCUACCACGUGCUGAUGAGAGGAGGGGAUGGAACCAGCAUGUGGGCAGACCUCUGCAAAAACGGCCAGGUCCGGGCCAGUGCAAUCGCCCAAGAUGCUGACCAGAACUACGACUAUGCCUCUAACAGUGUCAUCCUCCACCUGGACGCAGGAGACGAGGUAUACAUCAAACUGGAUGGAGGCAAAGCCCACGGAGGAAACAACAACAAGUACAGCACUUUCUCUGGCUUCAUUCUCUACGCAGACUGAGAGAGAGAAAGACAGACACACUGACAGUCAGACAGACAGAGAUUGAGAGAAAAAGUUGUACAACAAUGGGAGGGGAUGGGUGUGUGCAUUAAAAGCCGAAAUGCUUUCUAGUUUUCCUAAUUCUCUCCAUCAUCACGGACACCUCUGCUUCGUAUCCAUCAGCCGAGACGUCCGGGCUCUGUAGCCGAGCCUGGAUGGGGACACACUGAGAGGGCUGGGGGCAGGAGGCAUGAGAGGAUGUGUUUUUCUGCACUCCUCGACCACAACGCCAACGCGUCAGACGCACCUCGCUAUCUUUCAGUGUCUCUCCUCUGCAGCCCUGCUUCAUUGCACAGAAAUAUCAACAUGAAAAAUGAAAAACCCUGCUAACGUGGAUGAUCUCACCUCUUCUCUCCACCGUGGCAACAGUCAGCUGUACCGUCACUGGACUCGAUUGACUGAGACUCGUAGUGUUGUUCCGUGCAAUUUUCCUUAGAGUGUGCUUUUAUUUUGUAGACAUGCAUAAUAUUCUACACAGAUGAGAUUUAAAAAAAAAGAAAAGAGAAUAUAUUUGUCCCUUGUGAAGAUAUCCUGUUUGACUGAGAGAAGUGAAAAUGUGUUGUUUGUGAUGCAGCUCAAAGAUUGAACAGCUGGGAGAAGAAAUCUUUCAGGCAGUGGGUGUGUUUUUUUCUUCAUCGCUGGGUGCAACAAAGUUACUAUAUAUUGUUCAUGUGGAGAAUAACAGACAUUCUGCACUGUUAGUACCUCUAAUGUAUCCGACAAAAGGAACAUUUCAUUAAGACAAUACCCUUUCCUAUACAACGCCUCACGCUGUUCACACACAAACACACACAAUAUGUCCUGCUGCUAUUCGGAAUAAAAGUAGAGUUCUUCUAUGUUCUAGUUUUAUGUCGACACUUGACUCAGCACAGCCGUUUGAUGAAGCAGAAUCUUCAAAUAAGAGAGAACCUCUUUCUUCGCUGUGCCGACGUCACUGCGUAAAACAUGUGGCUUUCGGAGGGCGAGGAAGACAAAGUGAACACGACAAGUCAGAGAACAAGAUUUUGAAAAGUAGGGGCUCAGACACGCUAACAGUGAGUGUGAUGUUUUGCUGUUUGCACGUCUGAGCUUCACCGGAUGUCAUCUAUUCAUUAGCUGCAUCUUCACUGACACAGGCAUUGAUAAGGUAAUAUUUACUCAACAUGGCGGCCUGACAGCUUGCUUGAGAAUGAAACUGAUUGGAUGAGUGACUUGGUCUACUGAGACUGCACGUUUGCGCGCACUUGUGUAUGUGUGCCUAUGUGUGUGUGUGUUUGUACGAGCGAGUAUGUAUGUACUGUCUGCAUUUUAGCAUGUGCCGUGCCAUAGCUACACUGUUCUUUUCCAGAGUUAUCCUGUGCUACAGCCAAUGAAAGAUAUUUUACUCAGCAGCCAAUGAGAUUGUGCUCUGUAUGAUGGGGAGCCUCUAUAGAUAUAAUGAGAAGAACAAACAGCUUGUAAAUGAAAUCUAUGACAUGUUUGUCUAUCUUAUCUUUUGGAAUCGUUGAAUACAUUUAAAUAAUAAAUGGGAUUUUUUGAGUGACUUGUCUCACGAGAGUUCUUGUAUCCCAAAUACGUUAAUUAGGGGAAAUGAUCUGUAAAGAAUCUGCUCUGCUCUGUGAGACUAACUAGCUACAUGACUGGAAAUGUGUGUUUCUUGUUUUGUUUAAACUGAGAAUUUAACAAUGGCCUGUCAGUGCAAACAUUAAAAAAAGACCCUAU